CUUUCAUCUAAUAUUUACAACAUUGUAAUUUGUAAUAUUUUGUUUAGAUUUUCUUGUUGUUAUCGUAAUGUCGUACCUGGCCAAUUUUAACAAUGAUGUGGCCAAACAAAUUCUCAUGGACAUAAUUCGUUGUGUCAAUCAGCCGGAUAAUUCAAAGAAAUUGUCAGAAGCAAAGGCAUCUGCUGGAAAGGAAAUGCUUCUAAUGAUGCAGAACGUCUUCCCGUUGGUCAUGACCCUACAGCUGGAGGUGAUCAAGGCUCACGGAUUUCCUGGCAAUCGUGAGGGCCUUGUACAAUUUUCGCAGCUCGUUCGAGAGCUUGAACGGGAUGAUAUGGAAAUUGCACGUCUUCGCAGUCAAUUGCGGGCAAUUUAUUUACCACCGAUUGCCAUAAACACUACCAACGAUAUACUCAUUUAAUUAAAACCUUGUAAGACCUGUUAGAUCUAAGUUAAUUUACAGUAUUUUCACCUUGUAAUAUCAUCAUUAUUGCCUUCAUUUGGUUUUUUAAACAUUCAUU